CCUACUUCUCAACGAGCACUAAAGGGCCAUAUCAUUGUGUUUCCUACCAACCCGGAAACACUGUCUCCUUUUCUGCCUCCAGCUUUGAAUGAAGUCAUCACUCCAAUGUGCAUCGUGUUUGUUGGUUCAACCAUGCCAACUAAGGAGUGGUUAUUGAAUAAUGCACAGCCUUUGAUAGUUCGCCGAGAGAAAGUGUGGUCUGCAUUAGAAUGGCUGAUUAGUCACAAUCCACUGUAUAGUGAUGUCAUUUUGCAUCAAGAUCAUCUACACCAGAUUCCACUUCAUGACAUAGCACCGGUUCCCAUUGAGCAAGCUGUGGGCUCUGUGGCUGGUGAUGCACCAGGGGCUCGUUAUGACCUUCCAGUUAAUGAUGUCAGAAUGCCACUUGAACCCUCUCCACCACUCAGCAGCCUUUUGCAAAGUGUGGUUGUUACUGAUAUAGACAUGCGUGGGUCAAACUCAGCUGAAAUGAUGGGUCAUUUGCCUGAUCCUGUCAAUCAUUAUUCUGAUCCCCACUUACUGCCACUUUUAUAUCCAACUUUGUUUCCAUAUGGCAUUGGAGGGUUUCAUUAUAGCCGUUCCUCCCCACUUAGCUUGGAAAUAUUUGCAAAGCAUCUG